UGUUUGGGUGCAGCUUUGUGUUGAACUGCCUCACCCACUAACAUCACAUCAUCACCACUCCUCUGAGAUCAUCAUCCAGAAACACACACACAUACUGUACACUGUAAACCUCUUUAUUUCCCACAUCACGGAGGAAUGAUUCACAUUAAAACACUUCAGGGAAUCCUUUCUGGUCAAUGCUCGGGGAGUUUGAAUUUUUUCCAAACCCUGCAGAAGUAGCACAUUUACGUGCAUAAAGCAGGGACAAUGAGUACAGGGAAGCCGAGUGGUAUUAAACCUCCCACCAAGAUCGGAAAAUCAGCGGUGCCGACCAAAACCUCACCCACUGCAGCUGGCCCCAAAGCAGCGACAUCUCCAACCUCCAAUACUGCUCAAGAAGCAGCGCCAGACUUCUCUGUAGGCGAAAGAGUUUGGGUCAAUGGCAACAAACCAGGCCAAGUGCAGUUUAUCGGAGGGACGCAGUUCGCACCGGGUCAGUGGGCAGGUAUCGUUCUGGACGAACCCAUCGGUAAGAAUGACGGUUCUGUGUCCGGAAUCCGCUACUUUCACUGCGAAGACCUGCGAGGAAUAUUCACUCGACCUUCCAAAUUGUCCCGCACUCCCGUGGCGGAGCGCGAUGCCAAUGGCGAGCAGGCAUCGGCCAGCAAGACCUCCACGAGUCAGGCGACUAACCAGACAUCCACCAGCCAGACCUCUCCUGCCAAAGCUGUUCAAGACACUCAAACUAUUAAUACACCCACGACCACUAAGACCUCAACAAACCUAACCAGGGCCGCCAGCGGCUCCACCUCCAAUCUGUCCGAAACCGAUUCAGCUAAGAAAUUACAACGGGAACUUAAAUUGGGUGAUCGCGUGCUGGUCGGUGGAACCAAAGCAGGUGUUGUGCGUUUUUUGGGUGAAACUGACUUUGCUAAAGGCGAAUGGUGUGGCGUUGAAUUGGAUGAGCCGCUUGGGAAGAAUGAUGGGGGAGUGGCGGGUGUGAGGUAUUUUCAGUGUCUGCCGAGGUAUGGCCUGUUCGCUCCCACGCACAAAGUCACCCGCAUCGGCUUUCCGUCCACAACACCGGCAAAAUCCAAAAGUUCGAGACGUAGGUCGACCCUAAAGCACAGCCCCAGCGCCUCCUCCGUGAGCUCCCUCAGCUCCGUGGCCUCCUCUGUCGGAGGCAAACCCAGCCGAGCAGGCCUGCUCACAGAAACGUCUGCACGUUAUGCGCGGAAGAUCUCGGGCACCACAGCACUUCAGGAGGCGCUGAAGGAGAAGCAGCAACACAUUGAGCAACUCCUGGCCGAGCGUGACAUGGAGAGGACGGAGGUGGCCAGAGCCACCAGCCAUGCUGGAGAAGUUCAGCAGGAACUGGCGCUGCUCAGGCAGGUUCAGGAACAGUAUACCCUUGAGAUGGAAGCCAAGAUGGACCAGUUGCGCAGACUUGUGGAAACUGCCGACAGAGAUAAAGUGGAGCUGAUGAAUCAACUGGAGGAGGAGAAAAGAAAAGUGGAGGACCUGCAGUUUCGUGUAGAGGAAGCUUGCAUUACCAAAGGGGACCUGGAGACGCAGACCAAACUGGAGCAUGCUCACAUUAAGGAACUUGAACAGAGUCUUCUCUUUGAAAAGACCAAAGCAGAUAAACUCCAGAGAGAGUUAGAGGACACUAGGGUGGCCACAGUGUCCGAACGCUCCAGGAUCAUGGAGCUGGAGAAAGAGGUGGCGGAUCUUCAGCUUCAGUUGAGAACUCUGCGAGCUGAGACCUCUAGAUCCGCCUCACCUCCAUUACAGGACAAAAAGAUCAAAGAUUUGAACAGUGAGCUAGAAAACAGACAGAAAGAAGUGCUUCUGUUCCAGCAGAAACUCAUCUCUUCUGAGCAGGAGAAGACCUCGCUUCAGCAACAGCUACAGGAUCUGAAACAAAAGCUUGAUGCAGUGUCAGAGGAAAAUAAUAAAGCUACACAAGCCAUGCAAGAGAUGGAGAGGAACGUUAAAGCGGAUAAAGAGAAGUUGGAUCAGGUGUCCAGGGAGAAGACAGAGCUGGAGAGGGAGGCGGUAGCCCAACAGCAGCGGGAAAAAGUGGAAUGUGAGGAGAGAGAGCGUCAGAUGAAUGAACUGGAGGAGAAGUUGGGCCGAACCGUGAAAGAGCUGAGCAGAACCGCAGAUCUGGAACGACAGGUUGCUGAACUGCAGGCCUACAAGGACCAAACUCAGUCUAUAGAGGAGCUGGAUCUCCUGAAACAGACGAACAAGGAGCUACAGACAGAGCUUGAAGCCCUAAAGCAGCAGAACUCUCAGUAUCAGGAAAAGUUGGGUGCAGAGACGCAACGCAUCGGAAACCUCUGCAAAGAAAUUGAGGAGCUAAAGCUGUCAGCCAAUCAGCAGUCUCAGAGGCAGGUGUCGCUCCAGGAUGAGAAAGGGAAGUUGGCUCUAGACCUGAACGUCAGUCGGCAGGAUGUCCACAUGCAGCAGAAGCGUAAGGAUGAACCUCUGACAAGCCAGCUGGAGAUUACAGAGAGGGAAAACUCCAAUAUGCCGAUGUCAGAUAAAGACAAAGAACUAGAGACGUUAAGAAAUGAGAUUGCAAUGUUGCGUGGGGAAAAUGCAACGGCCAAAACUCUCCAUUCAGCUGUAAAAUCUCUGGAAAGAGACAAAGCCCAGCUGCAGAGUCGAGUGAACAGCCUGGAGCAGAAACUGGAGGGACGACCGAAUGAAAUCGGACAGGAGAUAACAUCAGGUGAUGCUGCUAUUGACCGGCUAAGAGAAGAGAAAGAGUUUGCUGAGGGACAGAUCAACUUCCUCAACUCAGUCAUUGUGGAUCUCCAGAGGAAGAACGAGGAACUGAAAGUGAAGCUAAAGAAAAUAGCGUUGACUGAAUUCAAUGGAAACGAUGAAAACGACGGUCUUGGUGAGGCCAAAAAGAAGAAGAAAGCUCCCCCACGUGUUUUCUGUGACAUCUGCGACUGCUUCGACCUGCACGACACAGAGGACUGUCCCACCCAGACGCAGUCCCCAGACUCCCCUCCUCACACCAGCUACCGCGGGAGCCGCAGCGGUGAACGACCGUACUGUGACAUCUGUGAGGCGUUCGGUCACUGGACAGAUUCUUGCAACGAUGACCAAACCUUCUGAACCUCCCUUUGACCCUCUGCCUGGGUGCAGGCAAUGCACAGAUCGCUUUCGAACAGAUUACUUCAUAUUUUUAUAUACACUAUAUAUACAUUCAAACCUCUUGUACAUUCCCUUAAAAGUAUCCGUCUGAAUGAAGGCUAAGAUGUGCUGCAUUAAUGUUAUUGGAAGGUCUUAAUGACAAAAGAUAUUUCGGUGUUGUUAAUGCUGUUCUGUGUUUUUUACUGUUGUGUACACUGCAAAAAAUGAAUUUUGUCUUGUUUUUAGUAAAAAUAUCUUAAAAUUCUUAAAUCAAGAUGCUUUUUCUUGAUGAGC